AUGGCGUCCAAUCUGACCGAAAAGCAGGCAGGUCUUGUUAACGAGCACGACGAGUUUCGCAAUUAUGCGAUCCCACCGCAACCGCAUCAUGAACAGAAUUUUCCACAGGGAUACUACCGCAGACCCCUAUUUCUGGGGCCCGUAACGGCCAUCAGCUUCGGUCUCAUGUCUGCCCUAGCAGGUUUCGCAUAUAUCGCACCCAUACUCACCGUCAUCAACGACGUCGGGCUGAAUCCGAAUAUCUUCUGGCUAUCCCUCGUAUACACGUUGAUCAUUGCCGUUGGACUCACCAUCAUCGGACGUGUAACGGAUGCUUUUGGCCGGCGGUAUGUGCUGAUCGCGGGCGUCAUGUUGGGCGUCACUGGGAGCAUCGUCUCGGCCACGGCGCACAGCAUCGAUAUUUUGAUCAGUGGGAUGGUCUUCAUCGGUGCUGCAGCACACAGGUCUCCUAUUUCUACACCAUGGUUGAGUUGGUGCCGAUGA